AGAAUGUUUAAGGCGGGGUAGGACUGAAAGGGUUAAAUAUAAAUGAAUAAUGGGAUGAACCUGGCACUCAUAAAUCAAAUUUUGGCAGGAACUGGAUACAAAUUGGCUCAGGCCCGGAAUACUGAAGGAGAAAGAUGUGCCUGUGUCCGGACAUGUGCAUCUCACCUAUAGCUGGAUUGAUGUAUUGUAGCAUGGUAGUAGCGAUGGACGCUGUGUGCGGCGUGGUACUGACCACUUCGAAUUAACCUCGCCUGGACAAAAUCGAUCGAAUCUUCAAAGGAGAAAUGAUAAAUGAGCUUCAGUAAUAAUGCCAUUGAUAGAUGUACACAAAUUUGUGGACAGUCACAUCCGAGAAAUUAAGUAUUUUGUAUUCGGGCUUGGAGCUGCAGGCAUAAUUUUGAUCAUUCGAGAUCUGCAUUUGGUUCAAACUUUCCGCCAAGUGUCAGACAUCCCUUCAAAAUUUGUGACAUCUCACAUCACUCUUCAGGGGCAAGUCAAACAGAUUAACCACAAAGGUCUUUUGUUGAUCAAUCAUGAACCUGCAUUUGUAAUUCCUUUCUCCUCAUGGCUUCGAAAGUAUCGCAAAAAAUCAAAUCCAGAUAUGCUGCCAGUGCAGUUAGCAAAUGUUCAGAUGACAGAGCCAGGUAGAGAAUGGCUUGAAGGCAAUGUUCUUCACAAGCAUAUCUGGUUUCAGCUACUUUUUAAAACUGAGGAGAAUGUGAUGUGUUCUGUAAGCAUAAGAAAGAAUGCUUUGUUCAAAACCAACAUCAAUGAAAGCCUAGUUAGACAAGGACUAUGUAAAGUGCUUCUGGAGGAUGUCACAAACCCUGAGGACAAAGUUGUGCAGAGUUUUGUUGCAAGGCUCAUAGCAGCUGAAGACAAAGCACAAACGAAAAAAACUUGGAAUGUGGCAGGACACUCUAAAUCAGUCGGGAAAGAAAUCAUCAGUCUGGUCAUUAAUCACAAAAGCCAUCAAAGAGACUAGCCAAAAAGUGAAACAGUAUUGGCAGAGAAGAUGAUAUGCCUGCUUGAGUACUGCUCAGGCUUGUCCAUCAAAGCAUGAGUUAGGGCGGCAUUGCCAAACCCAUUGAGGCUCCUUUUGUUAGUAACAGGAACUGAAGUCUUGAUUCUUUCCAAAAUGCAGGUGAUGAUUUAAAUGUGAAAAGGUUUGUGUCUUUCAAUGGAGCCAAGUGCUUCACUUUGGGAAUUAAUAUUCAAUUAAACUCAUUCAUUUAAAAA